AUGUUGAGCAUAGCGAUACACUGGCUGUUGGCGCCGGAAGGCCCCUCACACAAAUCACUCCAAUCUCGUUGGGAUACCUCGGCGGAUGUGGCAGCGAACUCACCCAACUCGGCAGCUGGGUCAUGGAUAAUCGAUCCGCUGCCUUCGCUGCAACGGACAGGCCUAAUUGUGGUCUCGGCGUUGGCAACCGUCUCUCUGAUUGCCACAUUCAGCUUGCUAUGUUUCUUCACUUAUCGCUUUAUCUUCUGGAAGAAGUACUAUAAGCGGUAUAUUGGCUACAAUCAAUAUGUCGUUCUCAUGUACAACUUGGCACUAGCCGACUUUAUACAGGGCUUGGGGUUCAUUGUGAGUUUGAAAUGGAUUGCCAAAGACUCUUUACAUGCAGAAGACCCAGCAUGCUUCUUGCAAGGCAUUUGGCUGCAGAUUGGCGAUCCAAUGAGUGGAUUGUUUGUUCUCGCGAUCGCUUUGCAUACUUUUAUGCAAGUAACAAUGGGUCGCCAACUCGGUCAUCGCACAUUCGUGGCAAUUGUGGUUGGUUUAUGGGUAUUCGGGGUAAUACUUGUCAUCAUCCCAAUUGCACUUGUCGGCCCUCACGUUUGGAUGCCUUCCGUGGCGUGGUGCUGGAUGACCACGCAACAUCCCUCCCUCCGCCUUUGGACACAUUAUUUCUGGAUCUUUGCAGCCCAGUUUUUCAAUCUUGUUCUGUACGCCAUCAUGUUCUUCCAGCUUCGACGUCGAAUGUCACAGUCAAAAAUUCUCGGCCAAAGUUAUACGGAGAGUGUUCGCCGCCUCAAUCGAGUUGUCUCUUAUAUGGUUCUUUAUCCAAUUGUCUACAUCGUUUUGACGCUCCCAUUAUCUGCGGGCCGGAUGGCGUCCGUGAGCGGAAAUAGCCCGAGUGUUGCAUACUUUUGCGUUGCAGGUGCCCUCAUGACACUUUCCGGGUUCUGCGAUACCCUUCAGUAUACCCUGACUCGGAAAAGUAUCGUCUUGGAUUCCGAGACGAGAACAAAGAGAGACGAUGGGUACUACGACCUCUCGAGGAGUGGACAAAAGAGAACAAAGCAGGGCAAUAUGCAUUCAAUGAAGUCAGAAGACCAGGGUCCGGUGUCUACAGUCUGUACAACAUACCAAAGGGGAUCUUCUACCGAUGCAAUUGUUCCCAAAGACGAGAUAGAGCUCGCAUCCGUGCCCCAAGUGUACCAGCACACUACAAUUACGGUGACACGGGAGCCGGCUUACUGA